CCCAGGCCACUCAUUGUACGUUUCGCCAGUAGGUGAUAUAAGCCCAUGAAGUAAUCAGCAUUUCGCACUUUCGUCUGCGGCAGCAAGUACACCUGACGUAAAGGCUGGGAUGUAUUCUAAAAAUUGUCUAUCGGACAUAUGGAUCAUGACGGAUAUCAGGAUUUCCUUUAAAUUACUGUGCGUUUUGUUCCUUCUCUUUGGCAAGAAUGCAGGCAUGAACACUUACCCCAAGGCGGAGGGUGUUACCUGGACUUCUUCUGAUUUUAAGACAAUAUUAAAAUGGGGUCCUGAACCAGUCAACUACACCUAUACUGUUGAAGUUUAUCGCCAGGGCAAAGAUGGAGAGAAGAAUGAACACUGUAUCCGGACUGAGAAGACAGACUGCGAUUUGACCAGCAUGCUGGUUGACCUGAAUGCCACAUACAUUGCUGAUAUUCUGUCUGAGCCCCUGCCGGGCACGCCUAGCGAUGCAGUGGAGCCCCCGUACACCAAAUCUCCUCCAUUCUGCCCCUACUAUGACACCGAAAUCGGAGCUCCUCACUUCAGGAUUAAUGUGACCCAAGACAAAAGCAAAAUUACACUUCAUAUUGAAGACCCUGUCACUGCCAUCUACAGUGGGAGGAGGCUGCUUAACAUACGGGACAUAUUCAAGAAUGAUCUGCAGUAUAAAGUCUUCUAUAGGAAAGCACAAAGCACUGGAAAGAGGGAGAAAACUACAAGCAGUAGCAAGGUGGUGCUGGAUGUGGACAGGGGUGUGAGCUACUGCUUCAAUGUGCAGGCGUAUGUACCAUCCCGCCUCGGGACUAAGCAGGAUGGGAAGUUAAGCAGCAUGCGGUGCUCGCCGGACAGAGACAAAUCUAUAUUCGAAGAAUACAGCAUUGGUGUGAUCGCGGGAGGCAUCGUGCUGGUCAUUGUGCUGAUAGGGACCAUCACUCUGACUGUGGUAUACUGCAGACGCAGAAAGAGAGGCAGGGAUGCAGGAAAAGAAGCAGUACCUCUGAAGAAGGUGUGAGAGGCAAAGCCUUCCACCCGUGUCAUGGGGACAUGGUACGACUGAGUCGGAUCCACAAACCCUUCUACAUUCCUUUGCCAAACACUGGAAUUCUUUGUUUUGUUUCUGAGAAACUUUGGCAGCCCGCUAAUGAAAUAACAUGAAACGUCUAGACAUGCUUCUCAAAAAAAAUACAUGUAAUCGUUUUUAGCUGGUGAAUGGUAUUUUUAAGUAGGACGCAUAGACACUGAGAAAUUCCUUACUGAAGCACUGCCUUUUUUUUUUUUUUUACUAUUUAUUUUUUCUAAUUUGUGGCAGCCUUAGUGCCUUGAAAUGGGGUAUUCGUAUAAUGUAUUUUGAGAAAUAGUUUACAAGCUGCCCUUAAUUUAUUCAUUAUAUGUUAACAGAUGUGUUUGUAUAUUAUGCUGUUUUACUGGAUGUGUAGUAUUUAAAGGUUUUGGGUUACAUUUUAAUUGAAGUUAAAUAAUAGUUAUUGAUAUUUGAAUCCGGGGUUUAAAUGGUGGUUUAAAAUGUAGAUGUCCAUGUUACGCCAGGUACUAAUUUGCGAUAUAGGAUACAAUUUAAGGGCAAAAACAGGUAUGUUGUUUUGACAGGGUUUGGUAUGUGACUAGUGUGCUUGUCAGGAAAACUGUACUAUAUUCUGGAACCAUCUUAAGUUAGACUAACCUUUGUACGCUCCUUAUGUGCUGCAGUUAUUUUUUAUCGCAAAUAUCUUUAAGUGAACUCCCCCUACAUUUUUUACAAAGAUGUUGUCUGGCAUAUUUUAAUGCUUUGAUGUUUAUUGAAAAGCCUUCUAGAAUUAUAUAAUAUAGCAGACUUCCAUGAGAUAAUGUGUACUGAUAAAAUAAUAACAUAUAUUUUUAUUUUAUUAUACAAA